UUGCUAAACAAACCGGAAAACUGCUGUGGACUUAAGGAAAGUCAAAUACUUUCUCUGCUUAGCGACAUUGGGUCUGGUGUCCAGUAUUUGCAUGAAAACAGAAUUGUACACAGAGAUUUAAAGCCGGAAAAUAUUGUUCUUCAGGAUGAAGGUGGGAAGAUUGUUCACAAAAUAAUAGACCUGGGAUAUGCAAAGGAUCUGGAUCAAGGAAGUUUAUGCACUUCAUUUGUUGGAACGUUACAAUAUUUGGCUCCGGAGCUCUUUGAGAAUAAAUCCUACUCGGUUACUGUUGAUUACUGGAGUUUUGGAACAAUGGUGUUUGAAUGCAUUGCAGGAUUUAGACCUUUCUUACACAAUCUACAGCCAUUUACCUGGCAUGAAAAAAUCAAGAAGAAGGAUCCAAAGCACAUCUUUGCAUCUGAAGAGAUGAACGGAGAAGUUCGCUUCAGUACUCAUUUGCCACAGCCUCACAGCCUCUGUGGUUUAAUUGUAGAACCCAUGGAAAAUUGGUUGCAACUGAUGCUGAAUUGGGAUCCACAGCAGAGGGGUGGAGGUUUAGAUCCUGAGACCGGUCGUCCAAAGUGUUUCCUAAAAAUGGAUCACAUACUGAAUUUGAAGAUAGUACAUAUCCUAAAUAUGACCUCUGCCAAGAUUGUUUCAUUUCUCUUGGAUCCCGAUGAAAGCUUUCACUCCCUUCAGAAUCGUAUUGAAUAUGAAACUGGCAUAAGUACAGGAAAUCAGGAACUGCUGUUGGAAACAGGGAUUUGCCUGGAUCCUCGGAAACCUGCUUCCCAGUGUGUUAUUGAUGGAGUAAGAGGCUGGGAUAGCUACAUGGUCUAUUUGUUUGAUAAAAGCAAAACUGUCUAUGAUGGACCCUUUGCUUCUCGGAGUCUAUCUGACUGCGUAAAUUACAUUGUACAGGAUAGUAAAAUCCAACUGCCAGUUCCUCAGCUGCGCAAGGUAUGGGCAGAAGCACUGCACUAUGUGAUUGGGCUAAAAGAAGAUUAUAGCAGGCUUUUCCAGGGCCAGAGAGCUGCCAUGCUUAGUCUUCUUCGGUAUAAUGCCAACCUAAUCAAAAUGAAAAACAAUAUGGUGUCAGCAUCUCAGCAACUGAAAGCAAAGCUGGAAUUCUUUCAUCAAAGCAUUCGCCUUGACCUGGAGAGAUACAGUGACCAGAUGGCUUAUGGCAUAUCUUCAGAAAAGAUGCUCAAAGCCUGGAAGGAGAUGGAAGAGAAGGCCUCUCUGUGUGCACAGGCUGAAGAUAUUGGAUAUCUGGAUGAGCAGAUCAUGGCUCUGCACACAGAGAUUGUGGAGCUUCAGAAGAGUCCGUACGCAAGGCGCCAAGGAGAGGUCAUGGAGAGCUUGGAACAGAGAGCUAUAGACCUGUACAAGCAAUUAAAAACAAGACCUCCAGAUCACGCCUACAGCGACAGCACAGACAUGGUGAAGAUCAUAGUGCAGACAGUACAGAGCCAAGACCGAGUUCUCAAGGAGCUCUUUGGCCACCUCAGCAAGCUCUUGGGCUGUAAGCAGAAGAUCAUUGACUUGCUUCCAAAGAUUGAACUGGCUCUAAAUGACAUCAAGGAAGCUGACAACUCAGUGAUGCAGAUGCAGGGCAAAAGACAAAGGGAGAUAUGGCAUUUGCUGAAAAUCGCUUGCACUCAGAGCUCUUCUCGAUCACUGAUAAGCUCCAGCCUGGAAGGGACAGCCUCGUCUCCAGCAGCCACGUGGCUCCCACAGAGCUCCUCAGGGAACGUACCUCACCCUCUGUCGUCUAUGGCAACUCCCGAAGAUGGGGAAAAUUUUGUCCAUGUGAUAGAAGAGAAUCUGCAUUAUCUUGAACUCUUUAGCAGCAUUUUGCAGGAGGUGAGACAGGAGCAGAACAACAGCAUGAUG